AUGUUCCUCCGUCAGCAAGUUCGUUCUCUUCACGCUACUGCCAGGAGACUGGAUCUAUCCAGAAUGACCAUUGUUGGUCGUGUGGGCAGCGAAUUCACCGAAUUUACCUCCAAGAACGAUAGCGAAAGACGUUACGUCAAGUACAGCAUCGCUUCUCAACCAAGAAGAGACGGGCCAACCAACUGGUACAACGUUACAGUGUUCAAUGAACCCCACAUCAACUUUCUAACUCAAUACGUGAGAAAAGGUGCCUUAGUGUACGUUGAAGCGGAUGCUUCACAAUAUUCGUUUGAAAGAGAAGAUGGCUCCAAGGGAACUUCGCUAAAUUUGGUCCAGAGGGACUUUAACUUGCUACGUAAUGGUAAAAUGGAGGAAACUGAGUCUGAAGCUGCCGAGUAA